CUGUGAAGGCAGCUCCACACAGACACAUAGCAUAAGAUGACUUUUGUUCUCCAGCCCCGAGAAUGUAAAGUGACCAAAAAGCCCCAGAAGAGCUAUGGAUUCUAUCUACGUAUAGAGAAGGACAUAGCAGGACAUCUCAUCCGGAAUGUGGAACAGAACAGCCCAGCUGAAAAAGCAGGCUUGAAGGAUGGAGACAGAGUCCUCAGGGUCAAUGGUGUGUUUGUAGACAAGGAAGAACACACACAGGUAGUGGAGAUCAUAAAAAACAGCGGGAAUUCUGUUGUACUUCUUGUUCUGGAUGAUGCAUCCUAUGAAAAGGCAGAGAAGGAGGGAGUGAACUUGGAAGAGCUGGGUCAAAAUCUGUCAGCAGGACAGCAGCAGGAGCAACAGUCCCCACCACCCAUGGCCAAUGGAGCAAUCACUCCAGUUCCACAACCCCGGCUCUGCUACCUGGAGAAGGAGGAGAAAGGUUAUGGCUUCUCUCUGAAAACCACCAAAGGACAGAAGGGGUUGUUCUUAGUGGAGCUUUCACCACAAGGAGCAGCUGCAAAGGCUGGUGUCCAAAAUAAUGAUCGCCUGAUUGAAAUAAAUGGAAAAAAUGUGGAAAAUGACACACACGGGGAAGUUGUGGAAAAGGUAAAGAAGUCUGAAAAUCAUGUUAUGUUUCUACUUUCAAAUGAAGAAACAGACUGCUAUUAUAAAAGCCACAACAUGGUAUUGAGCAAAGAGAAUGCCAGCCUAAGAUUGCUUCCCCUCAAACCACGACUUAUUGAGAUCCAGAAAGGAACAAAAGGCUAUGGCUUUUAUCUACGGAUGGAACAAAAUACUCAUGGUCAUAUAAUCAAGGAUGUUGAUCCUGAGGGCUCAGCAGCCAAGGCAGGUCUCAAAGACAACGACAUCUUGGUAGCUGUCAACGGUGAGCAAGUGGAUGGUCUGGAUCAUGAAAGCGUAGUGGAAAAAAUUAAGCAGUCUGAGGCAAAAGCCACACUGUUGGUAGUGGAUAAAGAGACUGAUGCCAUGUAUAAACUGGCUCAAAUUUCCCCCUUCUCAUACUCCUACAAAGCAGAAGAUCCAGAUCCAGCUAAGAGGGAGGAAAGAGUAGAGUUGCACGGUGAGCAGAAAGUGAACCACAAGCCAAGAAUCUGCAAGAUGGUGAAAGGGCCUAGUACAUUUGGCUUCAGUUUAAACAUGAUCAAGAGCAAGCCUGGAUUCUUCAUCAAUGAGGUACAAAACCAUGGGCCAGCUGACAAAGCAGGUGUAGAAAAUAAUGACUUUUUGGUGGAAGUGAACGGGUGAAUGUGACCAAUGAAAUCCUAUGACAAAGUGGUGACACGAAUCCAAGAGAGUGGUGACCAAGUAACACUACUUGUGUGCAGCAAAGAAGCUUACAAAUACUUCCAGAGCCAGAACAUUCCUAUCACAAGCUUCCAUGCAGAUCCAGUCCAGGACACUUCUGAACCUCCUACUUAUACAGAAAACCAUUCAUCAGAGCAAGACAGAAACUCUCCUGUACCAAGAGAAAGGGCAAGCUCAUCUUCCUCUUCACAAUCAGCCGCCUCCACAAGAGCAGAGAGAGACAACAAUGACGACACAAAGCUGUGAGAAAAACUAUGACAAGAAGAAAACAAGAAACCUACAAACUUUUCUCCAAUCAUUCUUUGCUAGUGCAUCUCCCAGUA